CCUCCUCCCCAGGCCCCAUCUUCGCUGUGCCCUCUCCAAAACGCAAAGAAGUCUGUUGGGACAGGAGGGAGAGAACUCGCACCGUCCAGGGUAAGUUCCAAGAUCCCCCGGAAGCGCCGCGAUACACAGUGUCCAGCCCCCAGCAGGGCGCGGCCGUGGCCAGGCAGGGUGCGGGCUCAGUGACGCCCACUGUGGGCGAGGCGCACCCGCUCUGCCCUCUCAAAGUUGGGGAGCUACGUGGUCUGCAGAGCGCUUCACGCCCCGAGUUUCAUGGGAGCCUUUGCCAACAGUCCAGCCCAUGGCCACGGAUGCCCUUAGAUCACGCAGGCAGAAACCCGGGCCCAGACGAGCUGCGUGCGGCUGCAGCUGCAGAAGUGGCCCCGGGACGGCGCGGUGGGACUAGAACCCAGAACCCCCGCGGCGGCGGCGCGUCCCGGCUCCUCCCCCGACCCUCCCUCCUGCCUGCCGUCCCCAGGUGCUGACUCCGGCGGCUGCGGCGCCUGGACAAGACUGCCCCGUCGGCUCCCGCCGCGCUCGCCCGUGCUGCGGGCCUCGGGGACGCGGCGUCCCGGCCCCGCGGUGGCCGCGCCGCUGCCGGUGGGCACGGCCCCCGGAACCCCCCGUGAGGCGCCAUGGAUUGGAAGACACUGCAAGCCCUCCUGAGCGGCGUCAACAAGUACUCCACAGCCUUCGGGCGCAUCUGGCUGUCCGUGGUGUUCGUCUUCCGCGUGCUGGUGUACGUGGUGGCGGCCGAACGCGUGUGGGGCGACGAGCAGAAGGACUUCGACUGUAACACCAAGCAGCCGGGCUGCACCAACGUCUGCUACGACAACUUCUUCCCCAUCUCCAACAUCCGCCUCUGGGCCCUGCAGCUCAUCUUCGUCACGUGCCCGUCGCUGCUGGUGAUCCUGCACGUGGCCUACCGCGAGGAGCGCGAGCGGCGGCAUCGGCAGAAGCACGGCGACCAGUGCGCCAAGCUGUACAACGACACGGGCAAGAAGCACGGUGGCCUGUGGUGGACCUACCUGCUCAGCCUCGUCUUCAAACUCAUCAUCGAGUUCCUCUUCCUGUACGUGCUGCACACGCUGUGGCACGGCUUCGGCAUGCCGCGCCUGGUGCAGUGCGCCAACGUGGCCCCCUGCCCCAACGUGGUGGACUGCUACAUUGCCCGGCCCACCGAGAAGAAGGUCUUCACCUACUUCAUGGUGGGCGCCUCGGCCGUGUGCAUCGUGCUCACCAUCUGCGAGAUCUGCUACCUCAUCUUCCACAGGAUCGUCAAGGGGCUGCGGAGGAGCCGGCCCCCCAAGGCCAACGGCGCCCCGGCUUCCACCAGGCGGGCCUCCACCUGCCGCUGCCACCACAAGCUGCUGGAAGCGGGGGAUCUGGAGCCCGAUGUCGGCGAUGCUAAGCUUCAGGCUUCAGCACCCAAGCUGAGUCCCAUCUGACCCUCUCAGCCACUCCCACCCCCGGCUCCGGGCUGGGGGAGUGGAUCCCAGAGGGAUGUGACCAGGGGAG